AUGGCUACUGGUCACAACAUUGUUAUUCUUAAAAACGACACAACUCGUUUUACUGCAAAAUGCGAAGAAGAUGGUUGUGCUUGGAGGAUUCACUUUGGGCCCGUGAAUGGUGAUACUUCUCGGUUCGUGCUGAAAGAUUCUAACGCUCACAGGUGUACAUUAGGGUGCACUGUACUUGUUGUACUCUUAAAAUACAUGUUCUUGCUUGGUUUGUGUGGUGAUCCUAGCUUAAAACCCAGACAGAUCAUUUCACUUUUCAAGAAAACUUAUGGGUCCAAUAUUAAGUAUCACCAAGCCCGUAGAGGGAAAGAAGUUGUAUUUGAAGAACAGUAUGGCGAUGAUGAGAAGUCGUAUAGUGAUUUUACUUGGUAUGUCAAAGCAAUUGAAGAAACUAAUCCCGAUAGCUAUGUGAGGUUUGAAGUUGAGGAUGGAACCAAUAGAUUUCAGAGGAUAUUCGUUUGUUACGGUGCUUGCAAGCAUAACUAUAGGUAUCUCAGGCCCAUGAUUUACUUGGACGCUACUUUCCUUACUGGUAGAUACAUGGGUACUCUGAUGGCUGCAACAUGUAUCAACGGAAACAAUGAGUUUUACCCAUUUGCUUUUGCUAUUGUUUCUUCUGAAAACAAAGAUAAUUGGUUUUGGUUUCUGGAGAAUCUUCAAAACCUUGUCGAUGGUCGUCUGAUUGUUUUCCUUAGUGAUCGUGGAGAAGGACUUUUACAGGGCAUUCCAAAAUAUUUUCCUAAUUCACAUCACAACUAUUGCUUUUACCACAUCAAAUGCAAUCUCCCCAUUGGAUCAGGUGAUGCGAAUUCGAAGCCCGUUCUUGAUUUGUUUUACAAAGCUGCGUACUCAUACACACCAGCAAACUUUGAAGAAGCUUUUCGGGGCAUGCAUGCAAUUGGAUGCGGGCUUGUUGCUAACUAUGUCAGGACUAUUCCAAAGGAGAAAUGGGCAAAUGCAUUUUUCCCCGUAUGCAGAUAUGGUGCUCACUCUUCAACUCUUGCUGAGUCCUUCAACAACUGGGUUCUUCCUUUCAAAGAGUUGUCUGCUUUUGUUCUUCUCGAUGCGAUACGUUUGAAGGUUAUGGAGAAGAUGUCUGAGAGAAGGAUACUAGGUCUAGAAACUUUCAACACUAGGCUCACUCCUGAAUAUGAGGCUUUACUAAAGGAAAACAUUGACAUUGGUCGUACUUGGACUGUUUUUCAAUCUAUGGAAAGAUUGUAUGAAGUCAGGUCUCUCCGGACUCAUUCUGUAGAUCUAUUGCAGAAAACUUGUACAUGUCACAGGUGGCGAGUUAAUGGUUUUCCUUGUUCCCAUGCUUGUGCUGCCAUUCAAGCUACGAGAGAAUACAUCUAUUCAUUUAUUGAGCCAUACAUCACCACCAAAUGGUACAACAGGACAUACCAGCACAUCAUCUUGCCAAUCCCCAAUUAUGACAAGCCGAAGUCUUAUGAUCCUAGUGAUAGGGUUAUUGUUCAUAUUCCUGUUCCUCCACCGGGUAGACGAAGAACACAUCGCAUCAAGAAUGCAUAUGAGAAGCAAAAGAGGGCUAUGAUGUGCACAAAGUGCUUCACUCUUGGUCACCACAACAGAACUACCUGCCCCAUGAUUUGA